AUGACGGAGGCGCAACUGGCGGCGCCGUUCGCUGCAGCCCCGGGAACGGAUCCCGGGGGAGCGCCCCUGAGCCUCUGACGCCGCCGCGCCUCUUGUAGCCGGCGUCCGACUCGCAGCCCAGCCUCUGAGCGUCCCGGAACCAAGGUGGCCGAGCCCUUGCGGCAGGGCGGAGGAUGAGAGGCGACGGCGAUACAGGAAGCGGAAACUGUCCGCGCUUUCGAUGGGGAGAGGGAGAGCAGGCGGCUCAAGUGAGGAAGAUGGCCGUUUCCAUGGAGACGCAGCUGCAAAGUAUCUUCGAGGAGGUGGUGAAAACUGAAAUAAUUGAGGAAGCAUUUGCUGGUAUGUUUAUGGACACAGCUGAAGAUGAGAGAACCAAGCUGAUCAGUUGUCUUGGAGCAUUCAGACAACUCUGGGUGACACUCCCUCAGGAAUCUCAUGAACAGUGUGUGCAGUGGAUUGUUCGCUUCAUUCAUGGACAGCACAACCCCAAGAGGAUUUCCUUUCUGUAUGACUGCUUGGCUAUGGCUGUUGAAAGUGGACUGCUACCCCCCAGACUGGUCUGUGAAUCCCUAAUCAACUCUGAAAGUCUGGAAUGGGAGAGAAUGCAGCUUUGGGCUCUAACCUUUAAACUGAUUCGAAAAAUAAUAGGAGGUGUUGACUACAAGGGUGUAAGAGAUCUGUUGAAAGCAAUUUUAGAGAAAAUGCAAACUAUUCCCAACACUGUCAGCUCUGCUGUUGUACAGCAAUUGCAAACAGCCAAAGAUGUUGUGGCAUAUAUCCUGGACAGAAAUGCUUGUCUUUUACCAGCAUAUUUUGCAGUUACUGAGAUUAGGAAGCUUUAUCCUGAAGGAAAGUUGUCUCAUUGGUUGCUAGGCAACUUGGCUUCUGAUUUUGUGGACAGCUUUAGACCCACAGCACGAAUAAACUCCAUAUGUGGGCGUUGCAGUCUUUUGCCUGUAGUGAAUAACUCUGGUGCAAUCUGUAAUUCCUGGAAAUUGGAUCCAACAACACUUCGCUUUCCGUUGAGGGGACUCUUGCCCUAUGACAAGGACCUUUUUGACCCACAGACUGCCCUACUGAGAUAUGUUUUAGAACAACCUUAUUCCAGAGAUAUGGUCUGCAACAUGCUAGGUCUAAAUAAACAGACCUUGAACAUUGCUCAGCACAAACAACGUUGCCCAGUUUUGGAAGACCAGCUUGUGGAUUUAGUGGUUUAUGCUAUGGAACGCUCAGAGACAGAAGAAAAAUUUGAUGAUGGAGGCACCAGUCAGUUAUUGUGGCAACACCUCUCCAGUCAGCUCAUUUUCUUUGUCUUGUUUCAGUUUGCUAGCUUCCCACACAUGGUGUUAUCACUUCAUCAAAAGCUAGCAGGCCGAGGCUUAAUAAAAGGACGAGACCAUUUGAUGUGGGUUUUAUUACAGUUCAUUUCUGGCAGUAUUCAGAAAAAUGCAUUGGCUGACUUCCUUCCAGUGAUGAAGUUGUUUGAUCUUCUGUACCCAGAGAAAGAAUGUAUUCCAGUACCUGACAUUAGCAAACCACAGUCAACUCAUGCUUUUGCUAUGACUUGUAUCUGGAUACAUCUCAACAGGAAGGCACAGAAUGACAAUUCCAAACUGCAGAUACCCAUCCCUCACUCUCUCAAACUCCACCAUGAGUUUUUGCAGCAAAGUUUGAGAAAUAAAAGCCUACAGAUGAAUGAUUACAAGAUUGCCUUGCUGUGCAAUGCUUAUUCCACUAAUUCUGAGUACUUUACGUUGCCCAUGGGAGUAUUGGUUGAAACAAUAUAUGGGAAUGGAAGCUUGAGGAUCUCUCUUCCAGGAACAAAUUGCACAGCUUCAGGGUCUAUUACCCCCUUGCCUAUGAACUUGCUGGAUUCACUAACAGUUCAUGCCAAAAUGAGCCUCAUUCACAGUAUAGCUACAAGGGUAAUCAAACUAGCCCAUGCCAAAUCAAGCCUAGCAUUGGCCCCUGCUCUGGUAGAAACUUACAGUCGUCUUUUAGUUUAUAUGGAGAUUGAAUCUCUUGGAAUUAAAGGUUUUAUCAGCCAGCUUUUACCAAAUGUUUUCAAGUCACAUGCAUGGGGGAUCUUACACACUCUGCUGGAGAUGUUUAGCUACCGCAUGCAUCAUAUCCAGCCCCACUACAGGGUACAACUAUUAAGUCAUCUUCAUUCAUUGGCAGCAGUGCCACACACCAAUCAGAAUCAACUUCACCUGUGUGUUGAAAGCACAGCUCUCCGGCUCAUCACCGCUUUGGGCAGUUCAGAAGUCCAGCCCCAGUUUACUCGUUUUCUCAGUGACCCCAAAACAGUUCUAUCUGCAGAGUCUGAGGAACUUAACAGAGCUCUAAUUCUUACUCUCGCGAGAGCAACACAUGUAACUGACUUUUUUACAGGGUCAGAAUCUAUACAAGGUACCUGGUGUAAAGACAUUCUACAGACAAUUAUGGUUUUCACACCUCACAACUGGGCUUCACACACUCUCAGCUGUUUUCCGACUCCAUUACAGGCUUUUUUUAAACAAAACAAUGUACCUCAGGAAAGUCGAUUUAAUUUAAAAAAGAAUGUGGAAGAAGAAUAUAGGAAGUGGAAGUCCAUGACCAAUGAGAACGAUAUCAUCACUCAUUUCUCCAUGCAGGGUUCUCCACCACUCUUCCUCUGUCUGUUGUGGAAAAUGUUGUUGGAGACUGAUCACAUUAAUCAGAUUGGCUAUAGAGUAUUGGAGAGAAUUGGAGCUAGAGCUUUGGUAGCUCAUGUUCGAACAUUUGCUGAUUUCCUCGUUUACGAAUUUUCAACCUCUGCUGGAGGACAACAGUUGAACAAAUGCAUUGAAAUCCUCAAUGAUAUGGUGUGGAAAUACAACAUUGUCACUUUGGACAGACUGAUUUUGUGCUUGGCUUUGCGAAGUCACGAAGGAAAUGAAGCCCAGGUCUGUUACUUCAUUAUUCAGUUGCUGCUGUUGAAACCAAAUGACUUUAGGAAUAGAGUGAGUGACUUCGUGAAGGAAAACUCUCCAGAGCAUUGGCUGCAGAAUGAUUGGCACACAAAACACAUGAACUACCACAAGAAAUACCCUGAGAAGCUGUAUUUUGAGGGCUUGGCUGAACAGGUGAAUCCCCCUGUGCAGAUUCAGCCUCAAUAUCUUCCCAUUUAUUUUGGAAACGUCUGCCUUCGAUUUUUGCCUGUAUUUGAUAUUGUAAUCCACAGAUUCUUAGAAUUACUUCCAGUUUCAAAAUCUUUGGAAACACUUCUUGAUCAUUUAGGAGGCCUGUACAAGUUUCAUGACCGACCUGUGACAUAUUUGUACAACACUCUUCAUUACUAUGAGAGACAUCUCAGAGACCGUACAAACCUUAAACGCAAACUUGUUCAUGCAGUUAUUGGUUCCCUAAAAGAUAACCGUCCACAGGGCUGGUGUUUAAGUGAAACCUAUUUGAAAUCUGCCAUGAACGCACGUGAGGAUAAUCCAUGGGUUCCUGAUGACACUUAUUACUGCAAAUUGAUUGGUCGAUUAGUGGAGACUAUGGCAGGAAAAUCACCUGGUCCAUUUCCGAACUGUGACUGGAGAUUCAAUGAAUUUCCCAACCCAGCAGCACAUGCCCUCCAUGUAACAUGUGUGGAGCUUAUGGCAUUGUCUGUAUCAGGGAAGGAAGUUGGAAAUGCACUUCUAAACGUUGUUCUUAAGAGUCAACCUUUGGUACCGAGAGAAAAUAUUACAGCUUGGAUGAAUGCAAUUGGACUUGUAAUAACUGCAUUACCUGAGCCCUACUGGAUUGUAUUGAAUGAUCGCAUUGUGAGUGUUAUCAACAGUGCUACACUGACCUCAGAUACAGAAUGGGUCGGCUAUCCAUUCCAACUCUUUGAUUUCACAGCUUGUCAUCAGUCAUAUUGCGAGAUGUACUGCAGCUAUGUUCUAGCCUUGGCGCAUGCAGUAUGGCACCAUUCGAGUAUCGGACAGCUUUCCCUUAUCCCCAAAUUUCUCACAGAAGUGCUGAAACCAUUAGUGAAGACAGAAUUCCAACUGUUGUAUGUAUAUCAUCUUGUUGGCCCUUUUCUGCAACGGUUCCAGCAAGAAAGGACUCGAUGCAUGCUUGAGAUUGGCAUAGCGUUUUAUGAGAUGUUACAGAACGUAGAUCAAAACAGCAAACAUUUGAGCUAUAUGGACCCUAUUUGUGACUUUCUAUACCAUGUAAAGUACAUGUUUACAGGAGACAGUGUGAAGGAUCAGGUAGAAAAAAUUAUCUGUACAUUAAGGCCAGCUUUAAAACUCCGGCUGUGCUUUGUGACUCACAUAAGUAAAGUGGAACCAGCAGCUCCAGUACAACCAACAAGCAGCGCUUCUCCAGCCAUCCCUUCCAGCCAGGUCUCCACUGGCGUUGCUCUGCCAGUAACACAAUAAGAGGAUGUGGGUAGCAUUUCAUUUUGGUAGUGCAAAUGUGGUAAUGUGAUAUUUAGUAUUUAAGACCAAAUCCUACCAUAAGGCUACGUUUUAAUCUUGUACUAUUUUUUAUUUGAUGAUGUAAAUAACACUGGCCAGUAGGGCUUGCUAACUGCACGUAUUGUGCAGAAGUUGCGUUUCCUAUUCAUUAAUCUUAGUCGGAAUGCCUCUGAGUGCCACUUAAGUAAAGCAAAAUGAACUGUCUACCACAUUCAGUGGCUCAUUCGCUGAUUAACUGUGUGAAAUAUUGUAACUUGCAUAUACAAUAGAUCCUAAUGUUAUAUACUAAUUUAAUUUGUUUCUGUUGGUGAUGCCUUUUAUUAUUUUUCUCCACACAAUGGAAUGGUUUUUAUUUAAGCUGAAAGCAACUUUUAUUCUUAUUUUGUGUUCAAUUGCCUACUGUUUGUAUAACUUUGCUCACCAACUGUAACCAUUGGUGUGUUUUUAACCAAAUAUGAGUUGAGUGUCCAAAGAACCCACAGCCAUGUUGAUAUAUCUUGUCAAGUAAUCCUGAUUUGCCGUCUGCCACAACAGCCAGGACCUCCCUGUGGCCACCCACUUAAAUUCCACAUCCCACUCCCAUACUGACAUGUUGAGGCCAGACGCAGGUUGGAGGAAAAACACCACCUCAUAUUCCAUCUUGAGAGUCUCCAACCUGAUGGCCUCAACAUCGAUUUCUCUAACUUCUGGUAACCCCACCCCUUCUUUUCCUUCCCCCCCCCCCCCCACUCCACUCCUUUGUCUUCCCUUAUUCCUGUGGCUCUCUUCCCCCACCUUGAUGACCUGCCCAUCUCCUCUCCAGCCCUCCCCCAUCCUUUAUUCCAUGAUUCACUGCCCUCUCCUACUGGAUUCCUCCUUCAACCCUUUGCCUCUUCUACCCAUCACCUCUGAGCUGAUUACAUCUCUCCCACCCGCCUACCUUCCCCCCUCUCACCUGCACUCGCCUGUCACUUGGACUCAGCUAUCACCUGCCUGCAUGUGCUCCUCCCCCACCACCUUAUUCUGCCUUCUGCCCUCCUCCUUCCAGUCCUGAUGAAGGGUCUCAGCCCGAAGCGUCGACUGUUAAUUUCCCUCCAUAGAUGCUGCCUGACCUGCUGAGUUCCUCCAGCACUUUUUGUGUAUUGCUUUGUUAGUGGCACCCUUUCCAACAGGAUUCUGUUUUAAGUGAGUUGUUACUUUAUUGUGUAAGCUUCUUUUCAAAGGAGUCCUAUCUUCAAUUAUCACCCCUGAAUUUUCAGCGAUCAGUCCAUAUUUCAAAUCUUAGAUUCUUCAGGCUUUACUUUGGGAUAUAAGCUGGUCUCCAAACAGUUUGAAGACCUUUAAAUACAUUUUUUGAGCAGAAUUAUAUGUCUGAGAGGUAGACAACCCAAAUUUCUAAUGGUGUACUUAUUUUUGCUUCACCUUCUGUAAUAAGGAUGGCAAGAAUUCUUUGUCUAUUGGCCUUAAAAUGUUUCCAUACUUAAGAAUGUGAGUGCUUUUAUCCAGAGUUAUACAGGCAUACAACAUGGAAAUAGGACUUCAGCCCACCGAAUACAUGCUGACCAUCAAGCACUUAUGCUGAUCCCAUUUUAUUUUCUUCACGUUCCCAUCAAUUUCCCCCAGAUUCUAGCACUCCCCCCUACACUAGGGGUAACUUACAGAGGCCAAUUAAUCUGCCAACCUGCAUGUCUUCUGGGAUGUGGGAGGAAACUGGAGCACCCGGAGGAAACCCAUACAGUUACACGAAAAACAUUCAAGCUCCAUGCGGGCCUUAGCAGAAGUCAGGAUUGAACUCUGGUCUCUCGAGCUGUGAGGCAGCAGCUGUACUAGCUGUGCCACCUAAUCUAACAUCUGGAAGGUUUCUUUUAAAACUCUGAUUUGAAUUUAGAUGUAAUGUUCUUUAAACAAUGAAAUCUUGCUGCUUCAUCCAGUUAAUAAUCUAAGUAACCGAUAAAACUACUGCACAAAUGAAUUGAGCUACAAAUAGUAUGACCAUUUCAUAUCAACAGUGAAAUAUUGAAAUUUUGAUAGUCAAUAAAUUUAUUUUGUUAAAAUGAGAUGGUUGAGGUUUUGCAAAUUUGUUGCUUUCCCAGGUUAAAUCAUUAGCCAAUUUACCUUAAUCGACUGGUUAGCACAGCCUGUGUGGAGCUUGGGUGUUUGAAGUACGAAGCAUCAUGAAGAUGGAAAGUCCAUUACCUCAGUUUGUCUUUAACAAUAAAAAUUGUACAGUAUUGUGAUAAUAAAGUGCAUCAGUCUUCUUUAUUAAUGAA